AGUGGCUCAAAUUCAUUACUUUGAGUCCUUUCAAACUGCACGAUGAGCCUCUUCGGUUGGCAGUGCACAUGCGGUGGUGAGGAUGGCGGAGAAGAACAGCAAAGCAGUGAUGUCAAUGCCCUGCGGGUCAUGGAGGAGGUCGGUCUCGCAAAGAAGGAAGACUUAGAAGAACGCGAGGAGGUUGAAGUGGAAGGGGGUGCCAAGUACAAGGGUCAGUGGCGAGGUCAGCAAAGAUACGGCCAAGGUGUUCUGACCAGGCCUGAUGGGCAGACUUAUCGUGGUUCCUUUGUGGACAAUCGUGCGCAAGGCCAUGGCAUUUUUGAGGCCGCGAAUGGAAACACCUACGAGGGCCAAUGGCAUCAGGAUCGUGCCCACGGAUAUGGCAAGUAUGUCCAUGUGGAUGGCAGCACCUACGAGGGCGAGUGGGUCCAAGAUGAGAAGUCGGGGAAGGGCGUCGAGUGCUGGGCUGACGGCGCGAGGUACGAAGGUCAGUUUCAGCAUGGCUCCAAGCAUGGUACUGGCAUCUACAAGUCUGCUACUGGCGUGGUCUAUGAGGGGCAAUUCAAGAAUGACAAGAUGGAUGGCUAUGGUGUCUACAAGUUUGCAGAUGGGCGAACCUACACCGGACAGUGGCAGCGUGGGCACAUGAAUGGCAAAGGUAAGAUGGAAUGGCCAAAUGGCUCCACUUACGAGGGGCAAUAUGAGAAGGACAUGAAGAACGGCGAGGGCGUUUUCAUUUGGCCCGACGGACGUUCCUAUCGUGGCCAGUGGAGCAAUGGCAAACAAGAUGGCCAUGGUGUCACAAUCGAUGUGAACGGCGUCGAGACCAGAGGCGAAUGGAAGAACGGCGAGCGGAUUAAGGCUGGUUAAACCGAAGCUUGCUUGAUGCGCCCGAAGAGAUGCAUCAAGGCUUUGCGCAUGUGAUUUUGCUCCACGCUUUGUCAGCCACAGAAAGACCGAGCCCUUUGAAACGUUGAGCAUUGAGCGGUGUUGGCCUCCGGCCGGUGAU